UAAAUGUGAUUUCUUCCUUCAGGUUACUUAUCAUUUCGUUGAAGAAACCACAGAAACACUUGAGAAGCCUAAUAAAUAGUAAAAUGUAAUAUAUAUUUUCUCUUUUUUCCCCUCCAGGUUCCUGUUGCAUGUAAAUCUUGUCCCUGUGGUUAUAUAUUUAUUAAUAGAAAACUCCUAAAAGUAAAACAGUCAGAUAAAUCAUCACCUUUUACAGAAGUGAGCAAUACCAUGUCUUUGAAAGAUUUGCGAAUACUUUUCUUAUACGAGUUUAAACUCGGACACAGCGCAGCCACGGCCAGCAGAAACCUCGUCUCCGUCUUCGGAGAAGGCUCCGUGAGCGAAAGGACCGUCCGGUGGUGGUUUGAGAAGUUCCGUUCUGGGGACCUGAGUCUGAAGAAUGAGCCUCGCGGGAGACCCAGGUCGGUCCUCAAUGAAGACGAGCUGCGAGCCAUGGUGGAAGCGAACCCCAAGAGCGCCAUCCGGGGCCUCGCCGCAGACCUGGGCGUUUCUGCCACCACCAUUUCUCGACACCUGGCUGCCAUGGGGAAGGUGAAAAAGUUGGACAAGUGGGUGACAGCAGCUGAUGGAUGAUCACGAACAGGCGGUGGGAGAGACGCUCGCCCUUAAGAUCUGGAAGAGCAGAGCCUAUGAGAGCGUCCUCAGUGACAGCAAUGAAAGGGAAAGGGGUCUGGACAGUGGCUGGAUGUUGAUGAAGUUCCCCAACGUGUUAAAACCUUCCUUCUACCAAAAGAGGAUCUGGUAACGGGGGUCGGGGGGUGGGCUGUGUGUGUGUGUGCACACCGGGUGUUUCAACACUGCGUGCUCGCCCGAACUGCUUUCCCUGCUUAAACGAGCUCACAUUGCCCAGCAGCGGAACUCACGGACCCAGGCGCUCUACAGCACUCUGCGUUGGUCCGCAGACGUGGACUUGACCUGCCCAGGACAACAGUGGACCGCAGACGUCACAGACCGCCAUCAGGAGGCAAAGGAAUUUAGUGCGUCCAUCAGACUCACCUGGCCUUUUAAAACAGAUUCCCCCCUCCUUUGUCAUUUGUAACUAAGACACAGAACAUUCUCUGGUUGAGAAGCAGGAAUUGAAGGAAGUGAAUGUCUUAACAAGACUGGAUUUUAUAAAUGUAGUAUAUCAUUUAAUAUUGGGGGGAAGUUUAUCACUGGGAGAAAGCAGCUCAUACUAUUUGUGUAAAUUUUGGUUGAAUGAAGCUGUUGUUUUUCUCAAAAAAUAUAACAUUUUCAUUUUGACCUACAAAAAGGCAAUUGCAUAUGGUUCACCUGAUCGUCUCCUAAUCCCGGCAGAGCCCAGAGAUGGGAAGGCAUCAGGAGCCAAAGCCACAGCUGCUCUGAGGACUGCGGCUUCUUCCCGGGAGGGAUGUGGCGCAACCAGGGAGCGUGCGCGCGCGCGGGUGUGUGUGUGUGUGUGUGUGUGUGAGUGUGUGUGUGUGACUGUAUGUGUG